AUGAUAGUUUUUUAUUUAAACAAAUAAAAGACACUUGAUGUGGAAGUUGAUUUCAAAAGCAACUUUUUAAAAAUAUAUGAAUUCUGUUAAUUUUUUAUUGGAAACAAUUUCGAACAAAUUAGCUUUAACCUUUAGUUUUUAAUUCAAAAAAUAGAAGCUUGCUUUCCAAAUAGGUUUGAGCUAGUUUAAUACUUAACAAAAUCAGCAAUUUUAGACUAGCUAGUUUAGGAAAAAAAGGUUAAUUUAUAAAAAUCUUAGAAUGAAAUAUUUAAUUCUCAUCAGAAUAUUAAAAAUAUGAAAAAAGAAAAUAAAAUCAACAUAUUAUUACAAGCUGUAAAUAUAGUUUAGGAAACUAUUUUCUUUACAAUAAUUAAAAGGCAUAUUUAUGAGUUUGCUACAGAAUUCGAAAUUAUUUAGUCAAUAGAAUUUCUAUUAUCGAGGCUUGGUACAUAAAAAAAUGAAUAAGAACUAUUUUUUUAUGUACUUUUUAAUUUCUUAUAAAUUUUGGUAGUAAACAAAAUAGAAGUUGAAAGCUGUUAGAGAUUCAUUUUAUAGUUAUUAAAUUGUUAAUAAAUUAUUUCAAAUAAAAUUGGGUUGCACUAUUUAUUAGAUAUAAUAAUCUUUACUAUGAUAUCAGAGUAAAAAUAUUAAGAUGCUUUAAAUUAUUUAGAAAUAAUUAUAGGAAUAAUAAAAGAAGGUGAUAACUUGGAUUCUCUUGAUUUCAAAAAAUAAAUUAUUUUGAUAAAAUUUAUGAUUUAUAUUUUACAAUAAUAGCCUAUUAGCACAAUAUAGAGCUAAUAUUCUAAAUUUCAAAAAGUUUAAUAACUAAUUGAAUAGUAACCUUAAACUUCGUAAUUAGACUCUUUAAAUAUUUUGAUAAGACCAAAAACAGUAGAGUUAUUAAUAUAUUUAAUCAACGAUCAAACAUAUCAAAUGCUAAAUAAGUAUUUUAUUUUUUUAUUUUAUUUAAGCCUUUAAAUUAAUCAUUCUAAGUUAAAUAAAUUCAAAUUAAAUAGAUUGAAUAAGGUAUGA